ACGACCCAGUCACUAGUGUGAGUGCGAAUCUCGUGUGCAAUCCCGUCUCACGAAUCGCAUCUCAGCUGCCCGACCUGACUUUGUGCAACGCCCGCUGCGCAGUCAUCCACCACUCUGCACGAGUUGCGAAGCGUUCGAGAUCGAAGCUGAGAGGGAUCUUGAUCCAAGUUUGAGCUCUCGCUCUCUUUACAAAGGUCAUCACAGCUUUGUGCCUUGUGCCUCAGGGCCCGGCGGCAAGAUGGUGCGCAUCAUCAUCAAAGGUGGCGUGUGGAAGAACACGGAGGACGAGAUACUGAAAGCUGCCAUUUCCAAGUACGGCAAGAAUCAGUGGGCUCGGAUCUCAUCCUUGCUGGUGCGCAAGACGCCCAAACAGUGCAAAGCUCGAUGGUACGAAUGGUUGGAUCCUUCCAUAAAAAAGACGGAGUGGUCCAAGGAAGAGGAUGAAAAGCUGUUGCACCUGGCCAAGCUGAUGCCUACGCAAUGGAGGACCAUCGCUCCCAUCGUUGGUCGAACUGCCACACAGUGUUUGGAGAGGUAUCAGAAAUUGCUGGACGAGGCUGAGCAGAGAGACGGAGAGGAAGGUUCGAGUGCAGGGCUGGGGCUUGCCGGACCCAGCGGACCCGAAGGCGCUCCUACGGCAGACGACGUGAGAAGAUUGAGACCGGGAGAAAUCGACCCGGAUCCAGAGACGAAGCCUGCCAGACCUGACCCUAUCGAUAUGGAUGAAGAUGAAAAGGAGAUGCUCAGCGAAGCGCGUGCGCGUCUAGCCAAUACUCAGGGAAAGAAGGCCAAGAGGAAGGCGAGAGAGCAGGCACUGGAGGAAGCGAGACGCCUCGCAUUGCUCCAGAAGAGAAGAGAGCUCAAAGCGGCAGGCAUCAUUAUGCGACCAAAGAAACCAAAGAAGGGCAUGGACUAUAACGAGGACAUUCCCUACGCCAAAGCGCCAGUGCCGGGCUUCUACGACACAUCGGACGAAGCAUCGCGCUCGUAUCGCGCUCCUGUGGGUCAGACGCUCGCACAGCUCGAUGGCAAGCGCAAAGAGUCAGCAGAAGAGCGCAAGCGCAAGACGAACGAAGCUUCUGCUGCGGGGGCUCAAAAGGCAAAAGAUGCCUCCGCCGCGCAACGAGAGGAACAAAUUAGGAAGCUCAAAGAAGCAGAACAAAUUUCAAAGAGGCGCAAGCUGAACCUGCCGGAUGCUCAGGUGGGCGAGAGAGAGGUUGAGCAGAUCGUGAAGUUGGGACAUGCAGGAGAAAUGACGCGUGGACUGGUGCAGGAUGGAAACGAGGCGAGCGAGGGUCUGCUUGGCGAGUACACCCCUCUAGAUAGAGCCAAGCAAGCCAGGACCGCCAGGACCGCUCCUGAAGAGGACACAGUCAUGCGCGAGGCGCGAAACCUGCGCAACAUGACUGCCGCACAAACGCCUCUGCUGGGAGAAGCAAAUGCGCCCUUGCUCGAAGGCACCGGCGCAGCGAGCAUGACCCCACGACAAGGCGUUGCUCAGACUCCCAAUCCGCUGUUGACCCCCAUGCACACCGGCAGGGAUGUGGGGCCUGGCGCUACACCAAUGAGCGUGAGGGGCGCCAACGGAGCUGUGGGCUACCCAUCUGCUACUCCUCGAUCUGAAGUGGGCUCCACGGUGGCGGAUGGCCGCACACCUCUACGCACGCCCCUUCGCGAUAAUUUAGGCUUGAAUGCCGAAGAUCGCCUGUCGUCGAUAGCUGACACACCUCGAGAUGCCAAGCGGGCCCUGGCUGCCUCUCGAAGGGAAUUGCAAGCUGGCCUAAGCAGCUUGCCCGCGCCCAAGAACGACUUUGAGCUGGUCAUGGAUGAGGAAGAGGAUGGAGGUCAGGGUGAAGAGGAGCUGGCCGAUAUGGUGAUUUUGAGCGAAGAAGAUGCGGCCGAGCGCGAUGCACGGCUAGCCAAGCUAAGAGAAGAACAGAGGAUCAAGGAGCUGGCUCGGAGGACUCAAGUGGUCCAAAGGGGCUUGCCGCGGCCUGCCAACGUGGAUGCACAGGUUCUUGCAAAGUUGUUUGCAGCUUUGCCUUUGGAAGAUGCGCACGAUGCUCAGAGUCGCGCUCGCCAACUUAUCAAUGCGGAAAUGGUCAGGCUCUUGCAUCACGAUUCCGUCGAGCAUCCUAUACGGGGCAGUCGGACGCCUGGAGGUGCCAAAUCCAGCCUACCGCUGAUCGAGGAUCAAAGAUUGCAAGAAGCCAGGUCGCUGGUCCACAGCGAGCUCGCGCAGAACUUGGGAUACCCUGGCGCCAAGCCCGACGUGCUCAAGAGACUCACCGCUUCUUCCCUAGACGCCAGCAGUGAGGAUGGAGCAGCUCGACUGGAAGCGUUCGAAGCUGCUAUGGAGCAAGGACGCAAGUCUGUAGCGUGGGAUGCGCGCGCAGGCGCAUGGGUAGACAAGUCCUUGUUGAGCGAGCAACAAAUGCUAGCGGGUCUGGAAGCUAGGUUGGAAGCUGCGAGAUCUGCCAUGAGUCAACAAUCCACCUCGGCUGCCAAGGAUGAGAAGCGAUUGGGCAAGAUUUUGGGCGGGUAUCAGGCGCGAAGCAAGGCUCUUUCGGACAAGAUCAAGGAGAGGAGCAACGCGCUUGUGGAAGCUUCUGUGGAGCGAGCUGCGUUUGAACGAUUGCAGGAGGAUGAAGGACCGGGUAUGGCGGAGAGGACGGAGAAAUUGAUGAGGGAGGUAAGGAUGCUGGAGAAUAAGGAGAAAGAAGCGCAAGCAAAGUACAGAGACAUGGAUGAGGAGAGGAGACGUGUUCAGGCUGCGAUCUUGAGCUUGCAGGAGGAGCUGGACCUGAGGGAAGCGGAGAGACUGAAUGAGGAGGCUCUGGAUUUGAACGGAUGAAGUAGUGGGCCUACUCGACGUCCUUUUGGACAGCCACUCACGUCUCACGAGCACAGAGUAGUGCUAUUGCGUAUUUCCCUUUUGAUCCAUCGACGCUUUGAUCGUCAUCUAUCAAGGACCCAAUGCGCACUUGUUGGAGCUGGACAAGCAAUCGCAUUGAUCGGUUGAAAGCUUCGUGGUGAUCUGCUCUGCAGAGCUGAUCUGCCGUUUUGGAGUGCUGAGAGCUAUGUAGGGCUGUAGGAAUCCGCGCUCAACAUCAGGUGGCUGUCAAUAACUCAGCGCGUCUUUGUAAUUGAUGGUGUCACGAGUG